ACUUCGAUGAUUUCUCUAAUCUUACUUCUGCCUACUUUGUGCUCAUAUAACAGCUACGAGCAAACGUCAGAAUUAAAAUGCCGAUUUUCAGUUGAUACACGUAUCGAUGUAGGACAUGUCAACUUUGACAAUCGGAGUGUGGAAAUUAAGUUAAAUCAAUUGAAAUAUAUUGAGAGCAGCAUAAUGGCGACAUUAGUAAAUCUCACAUCAGAAACAGCAAAAGCUGCUUUGACGGAUAUUCUAGCAGCUUUGAACUCUACAGAAAAUGUACAGAAACUUACAGAAGCAAAGGAAAACUCUGGGAAUGAGAUGUUAAAAAUGAUGCAAUUUGUAUUUCCAAUUGUCACUCAAAUCCAAAUGGAUGUAAUAAAAAAUUAUGGCUUUCCAGAAGGCCGAGAAGGCACUGUUCAAUUUGCACAGUUAAUUAGAUCACUGGAACGGGAAAAUCCUGAAAUAGCACAGCUGCACAGUCAAGUACGAGCAUACUUUCUUCCUCCAGUUUCAAUCACUUCUUCUGCAGAAGCAUCUCUUUAAGUAUAGAGGUAUUCAAGAAUCAUAUAAUCAUACUUAAUUUAUUGCACUAUGUCUUGCAUAGUAGCAAACCAUUUGUAAUAAUUUGAACUUGAAAGAGAUAGAUACAUCAGAGAAUUUGAUAUUUUUUACACCCAAUACUUUUAUAAAGCUAUGACUGUAAUUCAUUUUGUAAUGUAUAUUUUCCAAUGGUACGAUGUACCUCUCUCUAUUUGAAACUGACUAUAUAAUUCUAAGAUUACUAAUAAAACGCUCUCUAACAUUUCUUAAAGAAUUAUUAUAAAAUAAAUGACUGCUGUACAAGAGUUAAGUAGAAGAAUAAGGUGUAUAUUGGGAUAUUCAUACAAUGAAUGGAUCGCUCCGCUUUCAAA